AUGGGCUCCAUCUUUGCCAAGCCGACCGAGGCCGCGCUCGCCGGGCGCGACCUCGCCCGCACCCGCGCCGCGCUCCUCCUCGUUGAAAAGUACGGCGCGCUCCUGCAAGGAAUUCCGAUCGACGGCCGCCUCAUCCUCGCGAGCAUGAGCGAAGAGUACCAGCGCAUCCGGUCAUCCGCCUUUGCCUUCAACGACUGCGGCUACCCGUUUGCGAUCUUCUUGCCGCUGCACGCGGGUGACAUUGCCGAAAUCCUCAAAGCCAUUGGCCACCUCAAGCUCGACAUUGCUGUCGCUGGCGGCAAGCACUCGCCGCUUGGGUUUCCCGACAACGCCGUCGUCGUCGACUUGCACUACCUCUCGGACGUCAAGGUCAACUUGGCCGAGCGCUGGAUCGACGUCAUGGGCGGCGCCAAAAUGGGCGCGAUCGACCGCGAGCUCCACGACACGGGCCUCGGCUUCAUCGCGGCCACGCACCCGGACACGGGCGUCGGCGGCUUUGCGCAGACGGGCGGCUGGGGCUGGCUCUCGCGCCAGCACGGGCUCGCGGCCGACCACUGGCUCGAGGCCGACGUCGUCUUGGCCAACGGCGACAUUGUCACCGCCAGCGACGGCAACGAGCACUCGCAGCUCAUGCGCGCGCUCCGGGGCGGCGCCGGCAACUUUGGCGUCGUGACGCGCUUCCGCUUCGCGCUCCACCGCGUCGACCACUGCUUCUACAGCAUGCCGCUGCGCGUCUGCCCGACGAUCGCGUCGGCCAAGAAGUCGGCGAAAGCGUUCCGCGACCGCAUGGAUGCCGCGCCAGCGUACGCGAGCGGCAUGCUCGUCUUCCCGUGCGGCCACCCGGCGCUGCACGAGGUGACGACGGCCAUCGGCGCGCCGGACGUGGUGCCGGACGCCUCGUGGGUCACGUCCAACUUGCGGCGGCGCGGCGGGCACUGGGCCACGCUGCACACGGACGUGCACGAGUACGACUACCACUUGGGGCUCCAAGCGAUCCUCGAGCCGCACACGAAGCGCGGCUACACGAUGACUGCGUCGUGCUUCGUCAAGGACCUCGGCGACAGCGUCAUCGACGUCCUCCUGAGCUUUACGCGCCAAAAGCACCCGGGCCGCGACUCCGUCGUCUUGGCAACGGCCUGGGGCGCGCAGAUUCCCGACGGCGUCCUCGGCCGCCCGCACGCGCUAAGCCACCGCGAGAACGGGUGGUGGAUCCUCGUCCAGGCCACGCCGCCAGACAUGUCAUUGUACCAAGUCACAAAGCACAAACAGUGGGUGCACGACCUCAAGGCCGCGCUCCAAGAGGUCGACCUCGGCGCGGCGCAGGCGCCGCACGUCUUCUUCGACAGCAGCUACCGCCACGCGACGCUCACCACCGCCGUCUACGACGACGUCACGGGCCAUUUCCUGCAGCAAACCAAGACCGAGUACGACCCGACCAACGUCUUCCACCUCAACCACAACAUCCCGCCAUUAGUCUAG